AAAAAGAAAAAAGAUUGGCCUAAAUAUCUUAUCUUCGUUUCUUGGUAACUUCAUUCUUGAAGGAAGAUAAUAUUGAAAGAGAUGUCCAUCUUUGCACCAAAUUCACACAUCUUAUGCAGGGAAAUCCAUAAUCCUCAUCAGCAGCACUGGUGGGGUGGCGGAAGCUGCUUCGUUCUAGUAAAAUCAUAUGGGUUCAGCUUUGAUCAAAGAAAAGAUGAGUGGAAGAAAGUAGCAAAGAGAGACUCCAGGGUUGGUGCUGGGUUUUUGCCAGACUUGUCAAGGCCUGCAGCUAUGGAAAUGCAACCCAUUGAAGAUUGUGAUCAGUUGGACAAGAUUCUUGAUGAAGCUAAACAACUCUCACAACCCAUCAUCAUCGAUUGGAUGGCUUCUUGGUGCCGGAAAUGCAUCUAUUUGGAGCCAAAACUAGAGAAAUUAGCUGCUGAAUAUGAUACCAAGCUUAGGUUCUUCUGUGUCGAUGUGAACAAAGUGCCCCAGGCCUUAGUAAAGCACGGAAACAUAACAAAAAUGCCAACGAUACAGCUAUGGAAAGAUGGUGAGAUGAAAGCACAAGUGAUCGGAGGACACAAAGCUUGGCUUGUUAUUGAAGAAGUGAGACAAAUGAUCCAGAACUUUGUGUAGAAUUUUAAGCAUGAGAAUACAUGUAGUUUCAAGCUCAACGUAGGAUGUAGAUCGCUUCCCUCCCACUUCUUCAUUUUGUCAACAGAUUUAUCUUCUAUAAACUUAGUUAUGGUAAAUUGCAACACCCCACCUUAUUCUGUGAUGUACAGUAAAAGUGUCUUCUUCUAAAAACGCGACAGGGGGGAAGAUACUGAAGAAGAAUUUCCUGCUUGAAUUUUUCUCUCUUAUGUAAAAUCCCCUAUAUCUUAUACCUUUUUCUUUCGAAUCAAGUUCUCUCAAAAACAUGUAAA